GUACGCUGCACGCACGAGAGAGCCUGAGCACAGCAGUGGCGCGCCCACGCACACGUAACGGUUACCGUGUUCGUCGACCAAGGAUCACAUGAUGAGGCUGCUGCGCGUCGUUGCUCCGCUCCUCGUCGCGGCGGCCGUGGGAUCGGCGGCGACGAGCGGCGAGAUCAGCAGAGACGACUUCCCCAGGAGCUUCGUCUUCGGCGCCAGCACAUCGGCUUAUCAAUGGGAAGGCGCGGCGGCGGAGGACGGCCGGACUCCCAGCGUCUGGGACACCUUUGCUCACGCUCACUCCGGUUCCGGUACGCAACGUGAUGAUCAUGUGAGGGGUGAUGUGGCAGCUGACGGCUACCAUAAAUACAAGGAGGAUAUCAAAUUGAUGAAGGAGACUGGGUUGGAUGCUUAUAGGUUCUCUAUCUCUUGGCCAAGAGUUAUUCCCAAUGGCAGAGGAGAAGUCAAUCCAAAAGGAGUAGAAUACUACAAUAAUCUCAUCAAUGAACUUCUUAAUCAUGGAAUUCAGCCACAUGUAACAAUUUUCCAAUAUGAUCUUCCUCAAAUCCUUGAAGAUGUAUAUGAUGGAUGGUUAAGUCCACAAAUCAUUGAUGAUUUCACAGCAUAUGCAGAUGUGUGCUUUAGGGAAUUUGGGGAUAGAGUUACCUACUGGACUACUCUAAAUGAACCUAAUGCUUUAGUUUCGCUUGGUUAUGAUGCUGGUAUUGGGCCACCAGGGAGGUGUUCUAAACCAUUUGGACUUGGUGAUUGUUCCCGUGGGAAUUCUGUAAACGAGCCAUACAUUGUAUCCCAUAAUUUCUUGUUGGCUCAUAGCUCAGCUGUGUCAUUAUACAGGAGAAAGUAUCAGACAAAGCAAAAUGGACUUAUUGGCAUGAAUAUAUUUAUAAAUAAUAUUGUACCUUUUACAAACUCAACGGAAGAUAUAGCUGCAGCGAAAAGAGCGCAGGCCUUCUUCACAGGCUGGUUCUUGGACCCUCUUUAUUAUGGUGACUACCCGCUUGUAAUGAAGGAGAACACUGGCUCCAAGUUGCCAGUUUUUUCUCGAAACCAAUCUGAACAACUCAUCAACUCUAUGGACUUUCUUGGUAUCAAUUACUACACAAUUUUGUAUGUGAAGAAUCAUCCACACGAUGCUCCUAGCGACAAAAGAGAUUUCAUGGCUGAUAUGUCUGCUAAAUCAAUAUUUACAAGCAAUUCUACCACUGGGUUCUAUGUGCCGGGUUAUGGUCUCCAGCAAGUGCUUGAACAUUUGAAGCAAUCUUAUGGCAAUCCUCCUAUCUAUAUCCAUGAGAAUGGGUAUCCGAUGCAUCAAGAAGUGGUAUUUGAUGAUGGCCCUAGGUUGGAAUUUUUGAGUGAGCAUCUUAGAAGCCUACUUAUUUCUCUAAGGAAUGGUUCGAAUACAAGAGGUUACUUUGUCUGGUCGCUGAUGGAUUUAUAUGAACUACUCAGUCUCGGAGACACGUAUGGGCUCUAUUACGUGGAUUUUGCUGACAAGGAUCUGAAGAGGUACCCAAGGAGAUCAGCAAUUUGGUAUGCAGAUUUUCUUAAGGGGAGAAAAGGGCUGAGGCGCACUGAGAGAUUUUCAGAUCACUAGAUGUCUAUGAAUUGUGUUUAGACUGCACUGGUUGUCUAUUUUCAGAUCAACUAGCUGUCGAUGUCUGGUGUUUAGACUGCACUGGCAGCGUUGUUUCCUUUAACACGUGAGCUAGAUUCACUGAUUCUUGGGACAUUUUAUGUAAUCCCACGCACACAUACACUCCUUCCAAGUUAGGGCAUAUAUAAAGGUGAUAUCUUAGCAA